AUGAGGAAAUGCCAGAAAUCCAACAGAGACUCCUCCUCCAACAAGAACAAAUCAGGGCCUGGAAUCGAGAAACAUGACGUGGAAAUUGAGGACAUGGAUGCAUUUACAGAUCACAACCUCACCAUAGACGACACCUUUCAACAGCAGCUUCAGGCUGAAUGGACAAAAUUUGUGAAGUUUAAGCUCAAACCAACUGGCUUGACCAAUAUAUUUCCUAGUCACAUAAGCAGAUCGUCAUCUUACCAAGAAUACCCCAUCAGUCUGGUUUUCCUCAGGCUCCUGCUUAGUGGUUGGAUCAACACGGCCAUUAUUGCACACGCCAUGUACAGGCCUCAAAGACCUGCAAUGAGUCCUGGUGGGUUGGAUCCCAGGAAGAUUCUUCAAGAGCCCUGGAAUACUCAGUCCAAGCAGCUUAUGCAGGGUCCUGUGGUGCCUUUGACUUGGCAUUAUCCCAUCAUUGCAGGAGAACCCCAGCAGCCAGCUGUACCUUUUGAGCUGCGGAUACCUGCCCCUGCCCAGAGUGUUGCAGCACAGUGUGGGGAGAGCUUUGUGCAUGUGGAGGUUAAGAAGGACUUCUUUGGUACUGGUCAGCUGGUAAAUCCUUCAUUCCUCAGUUUAGGAGGAUGUGGAGCUGUAGGUGAAGAUCCAGAUGCUCAAGUGCUCAUAUUUGAAUAUGAACUCCAGGCAUGCGGCAGCUCUCUGAUGAUGACUGACAAGGAGCUUGUUUACACCUUUACCCUCUUCUACACUCCUGAGGCUCUGGUUGGAACUCCAAUUGUGAGAGCUAAUGCAGCAGCUGUUGGAAUUGAGUGUCACUAUUCAAGGCUUCAGAAUGUGAGCAGCAACGUCUUGAUGCCCAAUUGGGUUCCUUUUGCUGCUACAAGAGUUUCUGAAGAUGUUCUGGUCUUCUCCCUAAAGCUGAUGACUGAUGACUGGAUGUUUGAGCGGCCAUCCAACCAGUAUUUUUUGGGGCAGUUUAUAAAUAUUGAGGCCUCUGUAAAGCAGUACAACCAUGUUCCUCUGCAUAUCUUUGUGGAUGACUGUGUGGCUACUGCAGUUGCUGAUGUGAACUCCGUUCCAAGAUAUUCCUUCAUUGAGAACCAUGGGUGCCUGAUUGAUGCAAAGCUUACAGGCUCUCCUUCCGGUUUCAUUCACCGGGUUCAGGGUGAAAAACUGCAGUUUUAUUUGGAGGCUUUCAAAUUCCAACAAGCUACUAGUGGCGUGGUCUACAUCACAUGUGCUUUGAAGGCAGUCAUGGCUUCAAGCCCCACAAGUCCAGAAAGCAAGGCUUGCUCAUUUGCUAAUGGAUGGACCUCUGCAGAUGAUAAUGACCAGGUGUGCAUGUGUUGUGACUCAACAUGUGGUACCAGCAGGAAAGGGAGAUCACUAUCUGAUUCAGGCCUGGUAUCCGAAGGAAAUGCAACCAUUGGCCCCAUUGUAAUCUCUGACUGA